UCAAAGUGUAUGAAAGUAAGGUUAUGUUACUGGAAUAAACAUUAAACAAUAAUAAUAUAAAUAUUAUUCAAAUAAAUGAAGUCAGUCUAAAUAUGGCUAAAGGAAUACAUUGAAUAUUUAGUAGUUUUAAAAAUUGUUGCGUUACGUUAAUUAUAUUUAUUUUAAUGUAAAACAAGCUUUGCUUCGUGAAAAUGUCGGGUGAAGGAGCGAGCGCCGGUGCAGGUUCCCAAGUAGCACUGGUAACAGGGGGAUACGAUCAUACCAUUAAAUUAUGGCAAGCGCAUAGUGGUGUCUGUUUAAGAACUAUGCAACAUCCUGACUCGCAAGUAAAUGAUUUAGAAAUAAGCCCAAAUGGACAAACGGUGGCUGCUUGUGGUUAUCAACACAUUCGUACGUACGAUCUGGCUAGUGCUAAUCCUGACCCAGUCUUGAAUUAUGAAGGCGUUGUGAAGAAUGUAUCAAGAGUUGGGUUUCAGGAAAAUGGUCAAUGGAUGUACACAGGUGGAGAAGAUUGCACAGCAAGAAUAUGGGAUAUAAGAAUUGGUCAUCCAUUUCAAUGCCAGAGGAUAUUUCAAGUGCCAGCACCUGUGAAUGCAGUGGUACUUCAUCCAGACCAGUCGCAGAUCAUGGUUGGAGGGCAGAGUGGCAUCAUCCAUAUUUGGGACUUGAAGACUGAUCACAAUGAGCAACUAAUUCCGGAAGCGGAAACCAGCAUCCAGGAUAUAGCUAUUGACCCCGAGGGGAAGAUGAUGGCUGCUGUUAACAACAAAGGGAACUGUUACGUGUGGUCGCUUGGCGGGUCUCCCCCGCGACCUGUGCCUCGCAAACAUCUCCAAGCCCAUAAGAAGUACGCGCUACGGUGUAAAUUCAGCUAUGAUUCCACGAUGCUGGUGACGACGUCAGGCGACUGCUCUGCGCGCGUGUGGCGCACGAGCGACUGGUCGCUAAUGCGAGAGCUGCGACACGAGACCCAACGCUGGGUGUGGGACGCCGCCUUCACACUCGAUUCGAGAUAUCUCUUUACCGGCUCAUCCGACAGCUACGCCCGCCUGUGGGACCUGGAGAAGGGCACGCUGGAGCGCGAGUACUGCGGACACCAGAAGCCGAUAACCGCGCUCGCUUUCAGAGACCAAGCUGUAUAAGAUUCAUGCAUAUAUGUAUAUGAUCAAAUAUUAGAACUUACUUUGAAAUGUACACAAUUUAUAAACGAAGUGUGUUUAUAAGGUGCGUUAUUUAGGUAUACUUUGAAGAGUUUGUUAAUGAUGAAAAAUAUUUUUUUAACUUAAGCUAAGUUUCUCACUGCUUGACUCUUUUUCACGCCAAGCCUAAAAUUUAUAACAGACCCAUUCACUCUGUUCACUCAAGUGUUUCAGUUUUUGUUUAGAUUAUUUACUUUGAGUGAAAGAGCUGAAUGACGGAAAAAGAACUACCUGAUACCAUCUUUACAGUGUUAGUCAUUCAUCAAUUUCUGAA